CUGAAGAUGAAUCAUGAGACUGGAGAUCUCACCAUCACAGACGUCAUAGCGACAGAUGCUGGAGUUUAUAAACUACAAAUCAAGAGUAAAGAAAAGAUCUCAUUCAGGAUAUUCAGUGUUUUCUUCAAGGACAACACGGAUGAAAAAGAACAGGACGAACAGAAAUCAGUGUGUAAAUAUGAGAAUAAUUCUGUCACUCUGAACGCUGAUGUUACUGAACCACAGUCAGAUGAUGUGAUCCAGUGGAGGUUUGGAGAAACUCUCAUAGCUGAAAUCAAUAGAAAUAACAACAAGAUCUCUAUACAUGAUGAUGUUCUUGAUGAGAGAUUCAGAGACAGACUGAAGCUGAAUGAUAAGACUGGAGAUCUCACCAUCAGAGAUCUCAACACUGAACACACUGGACACUAUAAACUGAAGAUCAUGAACAGUAGAGGAACAUCAUACUCUCAGUUUAAAGUUUAUGUCAGGGAGAACAUCAGAUCAGUAGUUUUGGGACAUCCUGUCACUCUAUACACUGAUGUAACUGGAAUACAGAGAGGUGAUGUGAUUCAGUGGACAUUAGAAACAAAUAUUAAAACUCCCAUCGCUCAGAUGACUGUAGGGACUGAACUCUCAUAUGAUGGGAGAUGGAGAAGCAGAAUGAAGCUGGACCCUCAGACUGGAGAUCUCACCAUCACAAACAUCACAUCUGAACUCUCUGGAGUUUAUAGAGCAAAGAUCCACAGCAGGAGUAGAGGAACAGAAUACAGAACAUACAGGGUUAACAUCUCUGUUAUCGCUUAUGAGGGAGAAUCUCUCACUAUACACACUGACAGUAAAAUACAGAGAGGCAGUGAGAUCAAGUGGAUCUCUGAAGAUAACAUCAGUCUGGUCACUGGAAAGAUUGGAGUCAUAAGAGACACCAAGUUAACAGAUAAUGUGAGAUUCAAAGACAGACUGAAGAUGAAUCAUGAGACUGGAGAUCUCACCAUCACAAAGAUCAAAAAGACAGAUGAUGGAGUUUAUAAACUACAGAUCAGCAGUGAUGAUAAGAUCUCAUACAAGAUGAUUAAUGUUUUUGUCAACGACGGCCCUUCUCCAGAUCAGAAGCAGAACUCAGUGUGUAAAUAUGAGAAUGAUUCUGUGACUCUGAACGCUGAUGUUACUGAACUAAAGUCAGAUGAUGUGAUCCAGUGGAGGUUUGGAGAAACUCUCAUAGCUGAAAUCAAUAGAAAGAACAACAAGUUCCCUACAGAUGAUGAGAUAUUCAGAGACAGACUGAAGCUGAAUGAUAAGACUGGAGAUCUCACCAUCAGAGAUCUCAACACUGAACACACUGGACACUAUAAACUGAAGAUCAUCAACAGUAAAGGAACAUCAUACUCUCAGUUUAAAGUUUAUGUCAGGGAGAACAUCAGAUCAGUAGAGUUUGGACAUUCUGUCAUUCUAUACUCUGAUGUUACUGGAAUACAGAGAGAUGAUGUGAUUCAGUGGACAUUUGAAGAUGAAAAAACUCCCAUAGCUAAAAUCACUGGACUGAAUAAACUCUCAUAUGAUAAGAGAUUCAAAGAGAGACUGGAGCUGAACCCAAAGACUGGACAUCUCACCAUCUCAAACAUCACAUCUGAACUCUCUGGAGUUUAUAGAGCAAAGAUCAUCAGCAGGAGUUGAGGAACAGAAUACAGAACAUACAGGGUUAACAUCUCUGUGAUCGCUUGUGAGGGAGAAUCUCUCACUAUACACACUGACAGUAAAAUACAGAGAGGCAGUGAGAUCAAGUGGAUCUCUGAAAAUAACAUCAUUCUGGCCACUAUAAUGAAUGGAGUCAUAAUAGACACUAAAUAUAAAGAUGAUGAGAGAUUCAAAGGCAGACUGAAGAUGAAUCCUCAGACUGGAGAUCUCACCAUCACAGACGUCAGAUGGACAGAUGCUGGAGUUUAUAAACUACACAUCAAGAGUAAAGAAAAGAUCUCAUUCAGGAUAUUCAUGGUUUGGAUCAAGAAUAAGGCUUCUGGAAAAGUAAAGGACAAACAGAAAUCAGAAUCAGCAGAAAUUGAAGAAAAUAAAUCAGCAGCGGUUGACAAGCCUUCCCCCAAUGAAGUAGAAAAUGAAUGAUCGAGGAUGAGAUAUAUGCUCAUCAUCACAUCUUUCACAUCAUCAACAUCUACAGUAAUAAAACUGAUUUACUGUGUUCAUGAUCCGUCCUCUUUAAAAGAUCAUCUUCAUGUGUGCUGUUGAGCUCGACUGAUAAAAGCUUUUAAAGCUAAAGUAACAUGUUUUUUGAUAAACAGUGAAACAGAAUUUCAUUUAUUUGCCGUUGAAGAUGAUCUCUGAUCAGAAUUUGUUUAUAUUUUUAUAUUUCAUAUGUUACUCACUGCAUAGCAUAUGAUCAAUUUGACUGUCAUGUGUUUGAUAUUGUGUGACUGUAGACAGUAUUAAUUUAAAAUGUGAUGAUGAAGAAAUAUCAGCUACACAUGAAGAACAUCUUCAGACUUUCUCUAACCCGUCUCUAAUCUGAUUUUAUACACAUUUAUAUAACAACUCACUCCAAAAACAAGAUCAUGAUGAAGUUCAGAUGAGAUCACAUGACAAUCUGUGUUUAUCAUGUGAAGAAGAUUCUAGAAAAUACACAUGAGAAACAUUUUGAGCAUCAGUGUUAGAUUCUGAUGUUUGUUCUGUUUUUAUUGUUGAUAUUAUUUUAGUUUUUCAUGUACAUUAUAAUUUGCUCCAUUAUGAGCUUUACCCGCUGCUGUCCAUGGUGCUGAAUUAAUGGAUAUCGACCGUUCUCCAAUCAAUAAUUUAGUGUACACACGGACUGCUUCACUGCAUUAUGUGAGGUAGUGGCGAUCUUUAUCAAAUAAGCACUUUAGAAAUAGUUGAAGUUACAUUUAUUAGGACUCAUUGGAUACAAAUAAACCAAAUAGCAACUAAAUCCAACCAUUGAUAUAUACAAGUGAAAUGAAUGUGUGAACCCACAAUCUCAUGCUCAACCCUGUUACACUAACUGUCAGUGUGGUCAUUUAUAUCAAAGGUUCUCAAACUUGUGUUAGAGUUUCUGUUGCGGUAUUCCUGAAACUGAUAAUGACUUUUAUAGUUCACACGUUUAUUGUGCAUGGACAAUUUAAAAGGCGAAGCAUGUAGCUUAUGGCCGCGUUAUUAAAAUAUAAAAUAUAAUCAACAUUAUUAUCAGUCCUACAAUGAUGUAAUUUGAUGUUGCAAUACAAAAGUGAAUGUGUUGUGUUUCACUAUUUUCUAUGUAAACGGCGUGACAUGAUAUAACAUACAUUUGAUUAUAACUGUGUUUGUGAAGCACUUAUUUAUAUGAUCAAAUAUGUUUCUAUAGUGUUAAUAUUUACUGAACAAAAACGCAGAACAUAUGAAACAUAAAAACUUCAUAAAGCACUUAACUGAAUAAUUCUUGCCUUAUUGCUCUUAUUAGAAAGAAUGCUAAAAAAUGUGCUAGCUUCGUGAUUUAGAUAUCAGCUAAAUAUAAACAGUAUUGAUAAGUGUUUGUGUCUGAUCAUUUCUGUUCUUUAAUGGAUAAAGUGAUUAUUUAGUAAUGGCUGUUUUAACAAUAAACACAUGCUAAUGUUGU